UGUAAUUGGGCCGCCUGCAUGUGGGACUGAGUGGAGGAAAUUUAAAGCAAACUUUUCUCUUCUACUCCCUCUUUUCAAGCAAGAGGAGCACCAAGGUCUGCAGCAGGAAACCAUUGAAGUCCCAAGAAUGAAGAUUGCAGUUAUCGGUCAGAGUCUGUUCGGCCAGGAGGUUUACAAGGAGCUGAGGAAGGAUGGCCACACCAUCGUUGGAGUUUUCACUAUUCCAGACAAGGAAGGCAAGGCCGACCCGCUAGCUACAGAAGCGGAGAAGGAUGCAGUGCCUGUUUUUAAGUUCCCCCGGUGGCGUCUGAAGGGUCAGGCCAUCUCAGAGGUGGUGGACCAGUACAAGGCUACAGGAGCAGAACUCAAUGUCCUUCCGUUUUGUUCCCAGUUUAUCCCCAUGGAGGUUAUUGACCACCCCAAACAUGGCUCUAUCAUCUACCACCCCUCCCUGCUACCUCGUCACAGGGGAGCCUCUGCAAUAAACUGGACCCUUAUCCACGGAGACAAGAAGGGAGGUUUCACAGUGUUCUGGGCUGAUGAUGGACUUGACACUGGACCAAUUUUGUUGCAGAGAGAAUGUGAGGUUGAACCUAAUGACACGGUCAACACAAUCUACAAGAGAUUUCUCUUCCCAGAAGGCAUCAAAGGCAUGGUAGAAGCUGUGAGGCUGAUAGCUAAAGGGAAGGCCCCAAAGAUCACACAGCCUCAGGAGGGAGCCACCUAUGAGUGCAUUCAGAAGAAAGAAAAUGCAAAGAUUGACUGGAACCAGCCAGCUGAGGCCAUCCACAACUGGAUAAGAGGAAAUGAUAAAGUACCUGGGGCCUGGGCAGAGGUUGAUGGACAGAAAGUGACUUUCUUUGGCUCCACUCUGAUGAAUAACAACACGGCAGUCAACGGCCAGCCCCUGGAGAUUCCUGGUGCCAGCCAGCCGGGCAUCGUCACCAAAGCUGGGCUGGUGCUGUUUGGAAACAACAGCAAGAUGCUGCUGGUAAAGAAUCUGCAGUUUGAGGAUGGCAAGAUGAUCCCCGCAGCACAGUACUUCCGCUCCGGUAGCAGUGCAGCAGUGGAGCUCACAGAGGAAGAGAAGGGCUUCGCUGAGCAGAUGAGGGCUGUGUGGAAGAGCAUCCUGACGAAUGUAAGCCAGAUUGACGAUUCCACAGAUUUCUUUAAGUCUGGUGCUGCUUCAAUGGAUGUGGUCAGGCUUGUUGAGGAAGCGAAGCUUCGAGCCAGCAGCUGCCAGCUGCAGAACGAGGACGUCUACAUGAACACCACCUUUCAGGAGUUCAUCCAGAUGUGUGUCAGGAAGCUCCGGGGGGAGGAUGGAGAAGAGGAGCUUGUAGUUGACUAUGUGGAAAAGAACAUCAACAACAUCACUGUAAAGAUUCCCCAUCAGCUGUUUAUCAAUGGAGAGUUUGUUGAUGCAGAGGGAGGGAAGACCUACAAGACCAUCAACCCCACCGAUGGCACAGCCAUCUGUGAGGUGUCCUUGGCCCAGAUCAGCGAUGUGGACAAGGCGGUGGCUGCUGCCAAGGAGGCGUUUGAGGAGGGGGAGUGGGGCAAGAUGAACCCAAGAGACAGAGGCAGGCUCAUCUACAAACUGGCUGACCUGAUGGAGGAGCACCAGGAGGAGUUAGCUACUAUUGAAGCUAUCGACUCUGGAGCUGUUUACACAUUGGCCCUCAAGACUCAUGUGGGCAUGUCCAUCCAGACAUUCCGUUACUUCGCUGGCUGGUGUGACAAGAUCCAAGGAUGCACCAUCCCCAUCAACCAGGCCAGACCCAAUCGCAAUCUGACUUUUACCAAGAAGGAGCCAAUUGGGGUGUGUGCCAUUGUGAUUCCCUGGAACUAUCCACUGAUGAUGCUGGCCUGGAAGACAGCUGCCUGCCUGGCAGCUGGAAACACUGUAGUCCUCAAACCAGCUCAGGUCACUCCGCUUACAGCAUUGAAGUUUGCUGAACUGGCAGCGAGGGCAGGACUGCCUAAAGGGGUGGUUAACAUCUUACCUGGAUCAGGUGCUCUGGUGGGCCAGCGUUUGUCUGAUCAUCCAAAUGUACGAAAACUGGGCUUCACUGGUUCUACAGAAAUUGGUAAACACAUCAUGAAGAGCUGUGCAGUCAGUAACGUAAAGAAGGUUUCCUUGGAGCUCGGAGGAAAAUCCCCUCUCAUCAUCUUCAGUGACUGUGACAUGGACAAGGCUGUGCGCAUGGGCAUGAGUUCAGUGUUCUUCAACAAAGGAGAGAACUGCAUCGCAGCUGGCAGGCUGUUUGUGGAGGAAACCAUUCACGACCAGUUUGUGGCGAAAGUGGUUGAGGAGGUUAAGAAGAUGAAGAUUGGUGAUCCGUUGGACCGCUCCACAGACCACGGCCCUCAAAAUCACAAAGCCCACCUAGACAAACUUUUGGAAUACUGUCAGAUGGGCAUGAAGGAGGGAGCCAAACUGAUCUAUGGUGGUAAACAGGUACAGCGACCAGGUUUCUUCUUUGAACCCACGGUGUUUACUGAUGUCCAGGACCACAUGUACAUCGCUACAGAAGAGUCAUUUGGUCCCAUCAUGAUCAUUUCCAAGUUCAAGAAUGGUGAGGUGGAUGAUGUCCUCAGGAGAGCUAACGCUACGGAGUAUGGGCUGGCCUCAGGCGUUUUCACACGGGACAUCAGCAAAGCUCUGUAUGUGAGCGAGAGGCUCAAUGCCGGCACUGUCUUUGUCAACACCUACAAUAAAACAGAUGUGGCCGCGCCUUUUGGAGGCUUCAAACAGUCUGGAUUUGGCAAGGACCUGGGUCAGGAGGCGCUCAAUGAAUACCUGAAGACAAAAGCCGUGACCAUCGAGUAUUAAGUCAUCACCCAGCAGAGAGAAGUAUCUCAAGAAGACACGAGGACAGAGGAUGUGUGUGGAUGCUGACAUAAUGACACUGAUUAUAGCUCUGAUUCUGCCUCAACAUGCUAACAAAUAACAGUAAUGGAAACAUUUUCUAACUCAUUCACUCCUUUCCAACUGAGCCAUUGCGUAAGCUGCAAGAGAUUUGGUCCAAAACUGUGAAUAUGAACACAACAAUCAUUGUGCAUUUAACCCAGCAGGUCUAGAAGCAAGAUCUGUUAGAUUUAACAAACUUCAUUAAUUUUAACAAUGCUUACCAGAGACAUUAGAGAUGUAACAUUCCCAGCAAAUGUUGAUCACAAAUAAAACCUGUUAAACAGA